UGGUCUCACGGCCGAGGGCCUUUCAACUCGGCCCGUAUUUCUCGUACAGUCUCUCGCAAGGUGUGGUUCUCGACGCUGUCGACGGAAGUAUGCCGCCACGGGAUCAACAAGUGCCGCGCGAGAUCCAAGUCCGGCGAACGAUCGAGCCAGCGCGUCGCUAGUCCUCGUCCAAAUUCCUCUCGUCGCGCAGUUCAAAACAGCGACCAGGUGCGCGCUGUUUCCUUUCGCAGCUCCUCUCGCCCGAUCGCGAAGAGAGUGCAGGACGAUCGGAAUUCCGUGCGACCGGAAGGACGCGUCCGCGGUAGCGUCGCAGGACUGUAGGAUCAAGCGGGACGCGAUCGAUGGACGCCACCGCCGCCGUCUCGACGUGGACCGAGAAUUAGUGCGCGCGUGUUAUCGGACCGCCGGCACCGGCACACGUGACCCUCCUACGAAUUUGUUUGGCGCGCACGUUACAAUCGUGGUGAACGUCGUCCGGUGAAGGAUCUGCAUACGCGAUGGAGAUGAGGACCGAAAUGUUCAAGACGUUGCUGUUUUUGGUCAUCGGUUUGCUCGUAAAGGUACUGGGAUUACCCAGUGGAGCACCGCGAAGCACAUGCUUCGAUCUGACGCCACGUCAUCCCGGCGUCUCCCCGCAAUCGUCGUAUCCACCGUAUCAAGUACUACCCGCAGCAGGACAAGGCAGAGUCCGUUUGAUCCUGGGAAGUCCCCAGGGUCUCUCAUACCAGGGCUUCAUGAUCGUCGCUAGGGACAUCGACACCGGUGAAUACAUGGGAGAUUUCAUAAACUUGCCCGAGUACGCGAAAAUCGUGGAAUGCAGCGAAGGUGUAAAGAAUGGCGUGACUCAUACAAACAAGACUGACAAGUACAAUCUUGAAUUCGAUUGGGAAGCUCCAGUCGAUUACGAAGGUACCAUUAUCUUCAACUCCACCUUCGCUCAGGAUUACAGCACGUACUGGGUCGGCGUGGAGUCGCCCAGAGUCACCGUUGACAAGCGGUCCAUCAGGGUAUCGACCCCACCUACACCCAUCACUACCUUCAGGACCACCACGCCGCCCUACUACAGCCGCACCGUCAGUUACGCGGCGAAGGAUGAGGUGGACCCGUUCUACACGGGCUGCCACACCACCAAGAACUGCUUCGGCGCGCCCGCGGGCUGCGUAAAAACCAAGGACUGCGUCGCCGUGGUGGCCGUGAUCGUGCAGGGCGACGAAUAUCAUUUCGAGUUGCAGGCGCGGAAGGAUGCCAAAUACGUCGCUGUCGGCCUGUCGGACGAUAAGAAUAUGGGCGAGGACAGCGUAGUCGAGUGCACGAACGAGAAUGGCGAAAUUGCGUUACACACGUCUUGGAAUUCCGGCAAGCGUAAUACGCGCUACAGGAUGUCGGAAGGCGCGGUCGAGCUGGAAAGCGGCGUGAUCAGAAAUGACAUGAUAUACUGCAAGUUUCGACGGGAGAAGCUCACUAACAUUCAGGGACGUACGUAUGACCUUGUCAACACUCCGUACCAUCUCCUCGUGGCCGCCGGCACAGAUCUGAGAUCAAACGGCGUCGACUUUCACAAUCUCAUCUAUCUUGGGACCAGCACCUCGAAGAGAUUAUCCGACGUUGGGGAAUUCACCGCAGCAUCUGACCUACUGAUUCGUCUUCACGGCGCGCUUAUGCUGGCAUCGUGGAUCGGCACGGCCUCCAUCGGGAUGUUACUCGCGAGAUAUUAUAGACAGACCUGGGUCAACUCGCAGUUGUGUGGAAAGGAUCACUGGUUCGCUUGGCACAGGUUCUUUAUGUUGCUCACGUGGUCGAUGACUAUCGCAGCCUUCGUGUUAAUAUUCGUGGAAUUGGGCACAUGGAGUUCCGAGACGAUACACGCUUCGGUCGGCGUGGCGACUACGAUUCUAUGCUUUAUCCAGCCAUUCAUGGCAGCUAUGAGACCACAUCCUGGCGCACCGCGAAGGGUCCUUUUCAAUUGGGCUCAUUGGUUCGUCGGCAAUGUGGCAAAAAUAUGUGCUUUGGUCGCGCUUUUCUUCGCGGUACGACUGAACAAGGCUAAACUGCCGGAUUGGGUCGACUGGAUCCUCACAACAUUCGUGGUCUUCCAUGUUCUAAUUCAUCUCAUUCUCACAUUCCUUGGAUGUGCCUCUGACAGACAAGCUAGUCAGAGAGUGAAUUCAUUCCCGAUGAAAGACAUGCAUUCUCGUGGAUCAAUGGUGCAUCCAGAUGCGAGACGAGACGCUCCCCACUCCGGUAUGCGGAAGUUCAUUUUCGGUGUGUACUUUGUGGUUAUCGUCGCGUUCGCCGCAGUCCUCAUAGUGAUCACCGUGUUGGCACCCAUCGAGGAAACGUGGGCCACCUUCACCAACACUAUUUCGAAUUACUAAGGCCGCUAAUCAACGCCAUGGAAAUAUUCGUCACCGCCGCGAUACUCGCCCGGAUUUCGACCGGAUGAGGCCGAUGUCGCGGCCGUUGUCGCAGUGACGAUAUACUCCCGGUGCGACUUUCUAUAUGCAAAUUAACACGACGACGUAAAAUCCUAUUCGUGUAAAGAUGCAAAUCGCGCCCACGACAAUGUGCGAAGACGAAGAUAUCGCUGACGAUUGUUUUUAUAGCGUUUUUUUAGGUUUCUCUGCUAGAAUCGUCAAUCUUCAUUUUGAUUACGCAUCGAUAAUAUAAUAUCGUAAUCAAAGUACGUUUCUGUAUAUAUAACAUUCUUACUUUACUUGGAAGACAUAAGCUUAAUACUUACAUUAUUCAUUACUGCUUCAUUAUUAAAUGAAUAUUUUACGAAUUAUUAAACGAAGUUUUUCUAUCUUACCGUUAAUAUCCUGGGAAAGAUAUUAACUUUUUUUGUGUAGAAAACUGCGACUAGUCUAAAUUACAUCAUGAUUAAAGCGAAAAUUAUAUUUUUUUAGGCUCUUAUCGUAUAAACGUUAUUUUUAGACGUUAUCAAUUAUCCAAUAUUCCAUAUAUUUCUACAUAAUAAUGCUAAUUGUAUAUCACAUCGCCUUUACCGAUAGCAUAAUUGAUAUUACUAUUAUACGUAGGGGAGGACGGGGCUAUUCAGAACCUGGGGCAACUUCGGAACCCUCGCUAUAUCUUGACUACUGCAUUACCGAAUGUAAGCGUCAUAUAAUCAUAAAUGUCAGGCUAAAAAGGCGCAACCUAUAGGUAAAAUUCAAUUUGACAUUCGAUAAUGCAGUAUUCGAGAUAUAGCGAGGGUUCCGAGUUGCGCUGAGUUCCGAAUAGCCCCGUCCUUCCCUACUAAAUGCGUAAUUGACAUCAUACUCUUACGAUGAACACAUCGAAACCUGUUAAAUGCCUGUAUACUAAUUAUUGCGAUAUUAUCCGUAAUUACGACGACGAUAAUAAUAUAAUCGGAAAAAUUUGUAUAAAUUAUUUGCGAUAUUUUGUAGUAAUUUUUGCAUUUACUAGAAACACGACUUGCCUACAUAAAAUAAUGUAAUUUUCAUUAACUCGCGUAGUAUACAUAAUAAACAUAAAAAUAUUAAAAAUGUAUUUCACAAAAACAUUAUAAAUUCAUCGCAAAUUACGCAAAUAGUUAUACCAAUAUAUAUUAAGAAAGAAACUAUUUUUGAAAGUUCAGAAGAUAAAAAUAUUAUAUAGUACGUUUAUAUUUAUAUUUUAUAUUUAUAUUACAGUUAGAUUAAUAUUAAUCAAAUAAGAAUGAUAAUCGUUUUCAUUUCUUUUGCGCGAAUAUUAUUUGUUAAAAUGCUGCGAUCUUCAAUUUUUUUCGUUUUUCUUUCUAAUAGGACUGAUUAUUCCGAGAAAUCACUUUCAUGUUAUUUUAAUCUAAAUGCAAAUUAAAUCUUUUUUUUUAACAGAAAAAUUUUUUAUGACAAAUCAAUGGAAAUACACGAGAUUUUGUAAACAUAAGAUUUAUAUUGUAGAUAGAGAUUGCAGAUAAAUCAUAAAAAAUUGGACGAUUUUUUACGUAAAUGGUGCAUUUCUAUUUUUUUACAUAAUACUUAUUUAUAUAACGUAAUUUACAGUAUUAGAUUUUUUAAGUACUUUUAAAUCUUGCAAAUUUUUAUACCUAUUAUGUCCGUGACCGAUCGCGAUCGGCAUUGCCAAUAGUACAUAACAUUGUUAGCCUUAUUGAUUGUUAAUAAAUAUAUACAUAUACGUAUAUAGACUCUGGAUUCAAUGGCCAUAAGAUGGAUUACGGUCAAAUUUAUCAUGUUUCAGAAGUAAAUUGAUAAUCUAACAAUAUACAAGGUGUUCAUGAAAAGCGUGUAACUUAAUGGAGUUGUAAAGUGCAGUGCAAAAUUUGCUCGGCCUAUUUUAUAAUUGCUAGAAAAAUUUGCGUCUUAUAGUAGCUUAUUAGUACAGUUAUUAAUAAAGCUAAAAUUAUUUUUAGAUAUACUAAUUACGUUAAUCCUUCUUCAAUACGUAACAGCGUUUUGUAUCGUAAAUACAUAUGUAGCGUAUUUUUUAAUACAUAUGUAUAUGUAUUGAAUAAUACAUUAUAUUGUUAUCAAAAUCGAACUAGCGCGGAAUAAAAUAAAGAUAACUAUGUUUAUGUUGAAGAAAUAAAUGUUUAAUAAUGAAAUUAA